AUGGCACCAUCAUUGUGUGACUCUGCAUUUGCGAGAAAAGGCGUAGAUGCUUUGAUAUCCUAUGCCACUAACCAAGAUUCGAACAAUGAUAUCCAACUUAUUAUCCAUACUGAAAAGAAAUUAGGCAUCAAAAAAGAUUAUAUACCUAGGGUUAUACCGCUGAAACAUAACAAAAUGUCUAAAGUGAAGGAUAUGAGAAUUCUUCUAAUUACAAAAGACCCUGCAAACAAAUAUAGAGACGUUUUGACAAGUAAUGAAUUAACAAGUGAUACAUUCAAAGAAAUCAUUAGCGUAAAGAACUUGAAGAGGAGGUUUCGUGGGAGCAAAUUGACCAGUCUCUACAAAGAAUUUGAUAUGGUGGUUGCUGACUUUAGAGUACAUCAUUUACUUCCAGCUAUAUUAGGUAGUAGGUUCUACCAUAGCAGCAAAAAAACUCCUUACAUGGUUCGAAUAAAUAAGGAAGUUAAGCACAAAGGGGCCAAGAUGGAUGAAACAAUAGACCCAGUAUAUCUGAAGGCGCAGUUGAAAAGUAUAUGCAGAAAUACAUCAUACAUGCCAAAUGAAGACAAUUGUAUUAAUGUCAAGGUAGGGUUCGUUAGUACUCACACUGCUAAACAAAUAUUAGAAAAUAUACAAGAUGUUAUUGAGUUUCUUUCUGAUAAAAACAUGAAGCCAUCUGGUGGUGUUAUAAAAGGUAGUAUAAAAUCACUACAAGUGAAAACAGCUUCUAGUGCAAGUAUACCGAUCUAUCAGUACAACGAAAACAAGGAAAAAAACAUCCCAAACGACCGUUUGGUUCUAUGA